GUGAAACUCACCCAGCUUUAGUAACCAACUCAAUUGCAUAGACUUUAGAUCACCAUGUGAAGGGGAUUCCGCUGUCAGAAAAGAGGCCAAACUUCUGUCACCAUGGUGGAUGUGAAGUGUCUGAAUGACUGCGAAUUGCAGAGCCACCUUGAGAAGCUUGGAUUUUCACCUGGCCCAAUACUACCUUCCACCAGAAAGUUGUAUGAAAAAAAGUUAGUGCAAUUGCUGGUCUCACCUCCCUGUGCACCACCUGUGACGAAUGGACCCAGGGAGCAGGAUGGACCUCAGGACUGUGAUGACAGCGAAGAGAUUAAUAUCAUGUUGAAAGGAAAUAUCAUACUCUCAACAGAAAAAGGCAAGGAACUCAAAAAGAGAGUCGAGUCUUCCACCACUAAACCAAAACCUGUAGAUAUGUACUGCCUGGAGUAUAAGCCUUCCGGGGCAAUAAGGUGUGCUGCAAGAGCACCAAGCAUCAGAAUCCAAGAUGGGGCUGUCAACGAAAAGAAAGACUACUACUGCACGAUGAACCAGAGCUUUGGGAGCAGCAGAGAAGAAGGGUUCCCAGUGGGCUUGAAGCUUGCUGUGCUCGGCAUCUUCAUCAUUGUGGUGUUUAUCUACAUAACUGUUGAAAAGAAGCCACUGUUUGGUUAGGUACUUUCGGAGCAAAGCAGUGAGUGUGUGCUUGAGUACUGCUCUGAGCGAGCCCUCCUGCUUCAGGAAAGAACCGCAGAACUGC